AUGGCACAAGGUAUGGACCCCGUUUCUGCACUUCAUACGCUCUUGAAGAAGACGGUACUGACGGGGGGAACUCUUUCAUCGAUAGCCGCCGAGACUUCCAUCAUCCGGGUCGCAGGCGCUGGCUUUCGACUGUCAUUACUCCUCAACGCUGCCGCAUGUCAACUUGCACAGUCCAGGAUAGAGAUCCACAGUAUCGCAAAGGGCAUCUCUCUCUUUGCCUUGACCCUGAAGCAUCUUGGACAGGCCCUCGAGAGGACCGAACUGGGGCGAACCACCGAGGCCAGCGAGAAAGCAUGGGAAAUUGCCAGCCAGGGACAGAUGGUCUUUGUCGAAAUCGAGCACAUGCUGGACAAACUGCAAGGCACGGAUGCCCAUGAGGACUUGAACAGGAUCCCGGUGCAGGAAAGACUCAAGUGGUGCUUCAGGAAACAGCAUGUCACGUACCUCUUGGCGCAACUGGAAUCUCUCAAGUUGAGCCUGAUUGUGAUGACGCGAAUCCUGCAACUGGGAGAGCUGCUCAAGCCAGGGAAAGAAAGCGCCAGCUCAACAACCCCGGGGCUUAUGGCAGAAGAUAUCAUUGCCCAAGAAAAGGCCGAAACUCAGAACAUGAUCAUCGUCAGAUAUUGGUCUUUGAAACGUCUGGAUCGUCUAUGGGAUCUCGUGGCGCAAGAAGCCGUGGAUGCUGCAAAUGACCCAACGAACCAGAAGAUCAUCUCCAAUCAUUCCUCGAACACGGCCUCGGCGAUGAGACCAUUGCUCACAGCAGCCAAAGGCUCGGAUCUCUCGAAACUUCCGCUAGUGACCUUCGGAGACAGCGACCUCGGUUUGGCAAAUCUGGAGCGAUCACCAAAGGACAUGGUUCAUCUCUCAGAGGGUGCUAUGAAUCGCUUACUGCUGGUUUGGGUGCCAGCACUGGAUUCUUCGCUGCUGUCGACUGUUAGAAAACCAUCACCAGAUACCGCGAAACCCAGUCAGCCGCGCGCAUAUGUUUCGUCUGGUAGUGAAGACGAGAAUUCGGACGAUCUUGACUGGGAUGGCCACAGCUCUCACGGUUAUUAUCUAGAAGGCACGACGGACGACUGGCGCAAGCCUCAUUCACAAGAGGCCCGAAAACACGCAGCCGAGCUACGCCAGCGAUAUUCCGGCUACCAGGCACAUCUUGAAAGCGAUCCCGAGGCCGAUGAAUCUCAUCAACGUCGACGAGCCCGUUCCAAGAAUCCGCAAAUAACCGAUUCCAGUGACGAAUGCGAGCAACGAGCUACGUCUCGCCAACCACCCAAGAAGGUAACUAUCAACGACAAUCGCAGUUCUUCGUCCAGAUAUCCACCAAGUCCAGUUUCAGACCGAGGACCACCAACCUAUCCUACCGGCAUCUUCCAGCCUCCGCCGCCGCCAACUCAAUCUAUCCCUCGCUCGCAAGGACCUCCACAGAGCAAGCCCGUGCCAAUCCAUAUUCCAGGGCCUCCUCAACAGCCCUAUCGAUACCACCCAGCGCAAGACUUUACCAACAGUGCGCCGCGGUCUAUUCCAAACAGUCAGCCCAAUAUACCCGCAGGCUCAAUGCCCAUCCCAUCACCACGAGCCACGCCACCAGGACAAUUCGAUGCACCCUGGUCUCGACAGCAGAACUACAAUAACAGCAACCUCCUGCAACCCCGACGCCAUCCCUCAGCGUACCCGCUUUCUUCUUCAUCGCCCGAGUCCAGCUUCAGCCUCCGGCCCUCGCCGCCUCGCUCCGCGCAACGGUCUCCGACCCGUUCGCACCGUCGAUCCUCACGUGAAGAAGCUAAGGAACGACACAAAGCUUUGACACGCAGUGCCACACGCGGAUUGGCGGGAAUCGGGGCAAUUGCAGGGUUCAUGGAUGCGCUGGAGGCGUUUACGUUACUGUGA